UAUAUUAUAAAAAAAAAAAAUUAUUUCGAGCGAAAUCGUCUCUUACUUUCUUUUUUAUAAAAAAAUAUAAAUUAUGGGAUAUUGGAGUCAAGAAAAUUAUACGAUGUGGGUACCUUGGGAUAUUCCAAAUCCAUUCCCACUUAAUAGAUCUCACGGACCAAAUAUCCAAAACAUAGCACGAAAUUUAUAUUGUUUAAAAUUGAAAUUGAAAACGUUCGAAGACGCACAAAGCGUUUCAACCGAAACAAGAAAGUAUCUCAGAUGGAUGCUCAAAGCUGUCUGUUCAUGUCAAAAUAUUAAAACGAUACCAAACCCAAUUAUACGUGAAACUUUAGAUAUUGCGUUAUGCGACAUUCUCGAUAAUAUCAUUCCUCAAUUAGAACUCGGGAAUCCACCGCCUUUUAUUCCUUUUCGCGAUACUUCAAGCGUUAUGAUAAAUGAUAAUAGGGAUAUUUUCAUGAUUUGUCAAGAAUUACAAAGUGAUUUGGAAGAAUAUACCGAAAUAACUAACGAAUUUUGUGGUAUGCCGAGAUUAGCAUCAAUUUUGAUGACAACAUAUUCGAACAGCAAAUAAAUUUCAGAAAAAACGACGAAUAAAAACGACGAUGAAGACGAAUCAACGAAUAUAUUAUUAUUUACGCGAGAAUUUCGAUUGAUAAUUGAUUAUUUUAUUAGUUUUAGUUUUUAUAUAUAUAUAUUUAAGAAUUUUAUAUGUUUUAUAGUAUGAAGGACAUUGAGAAUGUAUAUAAUUCCCCUUUAUUUUUUAACCUUUUUUUUACGUAUGUAUAUGUUUU